CUUCACGCUGUCGCAGCGUGUUGACGUCAGCGAGCGUCAUCUCCCGGGUAGCGGAAAAUGGCGGAGGCUCUACAGGAACCCGGGCGGUACUUCUGUCACAACUGCUCGGCUGAGAUCAGCCCCCGGUUCCCGGAAUACACGUGCCCUCGGUGCGAGUCAGGAUUCAUUGAGGAGCUCCCUGAACCAAGGCACACGAACUCAGAGAAUAAUACCAGCUCCACUGGAACAGAACAAAACAGAGAUCCUUUUGAGGGUCUAGAAUCCACACGGUUCACUUUGCCAUCCGGUUAUGGCCAAGUUACAUUUGGAAUUUUCAAUGAAGGCCUCGACUUCCCUAUCUUUAGCUCAACUGCUCAAACCGAGGAGACUCGUGAAGGGGAGAGCAGGAGAGAGCAACAAUCACGACAAAGAUAUAGUGCUAGACAGCCACGUGCUAGGCUGAGCACAAGGCGAACUGCAGGGAGGCAUGAAGGUGUGCCUACGCUGGAGGGGAUCAUUCAGCAGCUGGUGAAUGGGAUUAUCGCACCCACAGCUAUGCCAAACUUGGGACUGGGACCAUGGGGUGUCCUGCAUUCCAAUCCUAUGGAUUAUGCAUGGGGAGCAAAUGGCCUGGAUACCAUAAUCACACAAUUACUUAACCAAUUUGAAAACACGGGACCUCCUCCUGCUGAUAAUGAGAAAAUCCAGGCUCUCCCUACAAUCCAGAUAACAGGGGAGCAUGUUGGUUCCAGCCUGGAAUGUCCUGUUUGUAAAGAGGAUUAUACAAUUGGUGAAAAUGUGCGACAACUACCAUGCAAUCACUUAUUUCAUAAUGACUGCAUUAUUCCUUGGUUAGAACAGCAUGAUACUUGUCCUGUAUGCCGGAAAAGUCUGAGUGGCCAGAAUACAGCAACAAACCCUCCUGGACUGACUGACAUGAAUUUCUCCUCUUCUUCAACCUCCUCCUCUUCUUCAACCUCUCCCAUUGAUGAUAAUGCUGCCAACGAUUCCUGAGUUUCUGAUUCCUGAGUUGAGGAGCAAUCACAGGUCACAUUGCCUAUGCUGCACUGGUGCCUCUUAAAUCAGAGCUGGUAUGAGGUCUUUCUUCAAGAGAUCUACAGCCCCUAACUGCAAAGUGAGGAAUUUUUUUCUUUGCCUCCUGCUCAUUUGGGUAGCAGUUCGGAACCAAACUUGCUCAUUCACUCAAACAGUGUGGCUACUUCAAUGAGCAAAGAGAUUGAUUGGGUGUGGUUAUAUUAUUUUAUUAUUUUUAAGAGUUUAAGAUGGCCCCAGUUUUAAAAGGGGAGAUUUGGUGACUCCUUUUACUUUAUUUUAAAUUCUUUUUCUUUUUAUGGUUUGACAUUUUUAAUCUCUAAAUUAAAUGAUUGAUUCCA